GAACAAAUUUUAAAGCGUUUAAAUUUUUAUGUUUAUUAUGUGAAUGUUCGGAAUGGAAUUACAUGCAAAGGCCAUAAAUGCUUGCUUACGUAUACUGCUUAAUACCUGUGAAAAAACUGCGGUUGCUAUAAGACAUGCCCAACAUGAAAUGUCCCACCACAGCGAUGAUCAGCUUCUGCAGGCUGGAAGUGAUUCCUUUUGGGAGCCUGGCAAUUAUAAGCGCACUACCAAACGCAUUGAAGAUAGCUACAAACUCUGCAAUGAACUACAGCAACUGAUACAGGAGCGUGCUGAUAUUGAGAAGGGAUAUGCAAAAAGUUUGCGCACCUGGUCAAAGAAAUGGGGUGAACUCAUUGAGAAAGGACCCGAAUAUGGCACCACAGAGGCGGCGUGGAAGGGUGUGCUUACCGAAUCGGAGCGAUUAUCGGAUGUGCAUAUGAAGAUCAAGGAUAAUCUAUGCAACGAUGUUAAUACGCAAAUAAAAACCUGGCAAAAGGAUAACUACCAUCAUACGCUUAUGCAGAUCAAGGAACGCAAAGAUAUGGAGGAUUUGUUCAAGAAGGCGCAAAAGCCUUGGGCCAAGCUGCUGGCCAAAGUGGAAAAGGCCAAGGCUGAUUAUCAUGCGGCCUGCAAAACGGAACGCAGCGCCACCAAUCAAGAGCGUAACGCCAAUGCGGACAGCUCGCUGUCACCAGAUCAGGUAAAGAAGAUGCAUGAUCGUGUGCAAAAGACCAAAGAUCAAGUGCAAAAGUGUCGUGAAAAGUAUGAGCAGAGCAUUGGCGAAAUAACCAAAUAUAAUUCAGUUUAUAUUGAGGAUAUGACAUCUGUAUUUGAAAAGUGCCAAACUAUGGAAAAGACGCGGCUACAGUUCUUUAAAGAAGUGCUCUUCAAUGUGCACGCCUGCUUGGAUCCAACCAAAGUGCAAAACCUACCGCAAAUCUAUGAAGAAUUCUAUCAUACAAUCAACAAUGCGGACCAUCAAAAGGAUCUGAAGUGGUGGUCCAACAAUCAUGGCAUUAAUAUGGCAAUGAACUGGCCAGCAUUUGUGGAAUACACAGAGGAAUUCCGUGACAUUGCCAAGGGCAACAAAUCGAAGGAAGCGCUGCCGGCUGCGCCCAUAACGCUUAUCAAUCAGCGACCUGUAGCUGAAGAUGUGCAUGAAUAUCCUUCGACGAAUAGUUUAAAGAAGAACGCAAGCGCCAAUAGUAGAGCAAGCGGCAAGAGCAGUCAGCUUGAACAGGCAACAAGUCAAACAUCUGCCACAACAGUCGAAGCCAGAUCAACGGUGUCGUCGUCGACAACAGCAGCCAGUGCUGCUGCGGCAGCAACAGCAACAACAGCAGCAGCAGCAGCAACAGCGGCAGCAAAUCGCAACUCGAGCGUAACCAAUGGCAACGGCAAAGCCGAAGCAAACCCCUUUGACGAGGAGGAGGAGUGGGAUGAGGCUGACAAUGUGCUGGUCGACAAUGGUGAGCCGGGUGUGCCAGUUAAGGCCUUAUACGACUACGAUGGCGCUGAAAGCGAUGAGCUUACGUUUAAACAAGGUGAUGUUUUUGAAAAGCUCGAGGAUGAGGAUGAACAAGGCUGGUGCAAGGGUCGCAUGAAUGGACGCGUCGGUUUAUAUCCAGCAAAUUAUGUGGAGCCUGUGCACUCAUAAGCGUAUUGAACUAUUGUCAUAUGCUAUACAUAUUGAUAUAACAUUAGCAUGGAGAGCAUGAUAGAAUAUUGUACUACGCAUACAGUAACAGCAGUCGUUGAUGAAAUUAUUAACAUAUAUGUAUUAGAAAUUGUUAUGAGCAAUGAGCGCAGACACCAUCAGAUGAGUUGAGAUGUUGGUGUGUGUCGAAAACUUUUUAUAUUAGGCAUUUUGAAUUUGUAAUUGUAUUUUGUGUGGCAAACCAACCUACCUACAUACACUACCAACACAACAAUUUACAAGAAGAAGAAACAACAAAAAUCAGCUCACCUACAGUAAACUUUUGAAAUGAACAUAAGUAGUAAAGUAAAAGAAUAUAUAUUAUAUAUAAAACUUAGUUGAAACGUCAAGCAGAACAAUAAAUGUAACUGUCAAAUGUAUGAAUUAAUGAAGUAUGUAUUUACACAUACAUGCAUGCAUAUAUAUAUACACACAUACGAAUGUAUUAUGCUAUAGCUAAACUAAAAUGAUUUUUUGUUUGUUUUCCCUCUCGUUGCGAGAGCGCGCAUUUUUUAUAGCACUGACUGGCUAAUAAAAGAAUUUUAUUUUAUCCAGCCAGUCACCGAAUUGUGGAACACCCUUAAGCAAAUUUGUACGUAGUAUUUCAAUGAACAUUUUCUAUUAUUUAUGUGUGUGUGUAUACUUGUGUUAUAAAAAGUAUACGUAUAU